GUUUCACAGACACAAUAAUGGGUAAGAAAAGUCGCCUCGCAGGAGGAGCCGUUGGUCGGAGGACGAUCAUACAACUUUCUCCACCUGGCCAUCGCGGUGGAAAUACCGGAGAGAGAGAAGAGGCGCCGUCGGGAUCUGAUGAUGAACAGGACGGAGAUGGACAUAGAUUUGUUAAGCACACAAACAUGAAGGCUCCAACAGUAAAAGCCACAGAGGGGUUGUCGUUGCUUGGAGCCUAUGAAGACAGCGAUGAAGAAGAUGCUGGAAGCCGUUCAGCUGUAAAUUCUCAGCACAGCCAGCCAGGAGACAUCGACAGUACCCUGGCCAAUUUUAUGGCCGAAAUUGAUGCCAUCACAACUCAGCCCAGUACAGAUGAUGCAGCAGCUCCUGCCUCGGUUUCAAAUGCCACCCCACCUCGACCUGAGGUUAAAACUCAACAGCCAUCUGCGCCGGAUGGACACGAUCAUCAAAGCACAGAGUUUGAGUACAAUACGCAAUGUUCACUAGCCGGAGUGGGUGUGGAGAUGGGAGACUGGCAGGAAGUUUGGGAUGAGAACUCUGGCUGCUAUUACUACUGGAACACACUGACCAACGAGGUUUCUUGGGAGCUGCCACACUACUUAGCUGAUCAGGUGCAAAGCCUGGGACAUUAUGCUAACAGCACCAGCGUGAAUGGGAAUGGCACAGUACCUGCUGGUUAUUAUUCAGAAGAAAAUGCUGCUACUGCUGUAGCUUCAACAACUUCAAAAGAGACCAAAGUGAAGGAGAUUGUAGAGAGUGUUGUAGCUCUGACAAGUGAAGAGGAGGAGCAUCAGGGAGUGGCUGCCUCACUCCUUGGUCCACUAAUUCCUUCUGAAGUAAAGGAAGCAGAGGAAAAAUGGAGGAAAAGGCUGUUGAAGGGUUUGGAUGAGCCUGAGAACAGUUUAGAUUCUGAUGGAGAAGCUGCUAGGCCUGCAGAAUCUCCUUCUAUACCUUUUUUGGACUCAGACCCAGACCUCACAGUGCAGAAAGAUGUUUCUAAUAAGAAGGUGUCAAGAGACCAAUCAGAGGCUGAAGAGGAAGCAGAGGAGGACACAAUGGAACUGGAGCUUGCUCUAGAAAGAAAGAAGGCAGAGCUUCGGGCACUCGAAGAGGGUGAUGGGAGCGCAGGGGGCUCCAGUCCAAUGUCCGAGGCCAGCCAAGAAGCCGCUGGAUCUCGUGGGGGUCUCCUGAAAAAGAAUCGUUGGAAGACUGUCUUUCCAAGCGUUGCCAGCCCAGAUUCCAACAGCAGAGGUUCGGACUUUCUGGACAACGCAGAAACAACACUGCCAAAAAUUUCAGAAAGUGUUGUAGAAGGAGAAGGAAAUGAAACGGAGAAUUCAGAGGAAGCGGGGGUUUCGAAACUUCCCAACAAAGAGGAGGUGGAGACUCCUGAGCUAAAGUUUCAGAUUGGAGAACUGGCCAACAUCUUAACUAGCAAGAUGGAGUUCCUGGGGAUAAACAAAAAGACCAUCUCAAACUUUCAACUGCUUCUGCUCCAAACUGAGACACGGAUUGCUGAUUGGAGGGAAGGUGCUCUGAACGGGGCGUAUCUUCGACGCAAGCUGCUGGAAGCUGCUGAACACAUAAAAUAUUAUGAACUUAACGCCACCCCUAAAGGCUGGUCCUGCCACUGGGACAGAGAGCACAGGAGGUAUUUUUAUGUGAGGGACCGGACUGGUGCCUCCCAGUGGGAGUUUCCAACAGAGGAGGACAAGGAGGAGGACCUAGUGGACACUUCAAGUACACAGAAUCGGAGCCAAGAGGAGACCAAAACAUCUGGAUCAGCUGGUGGGGCUACAGAAUCCUCUUCUUCUGCUGCUCCGCCUCCACCUCCUCAGCCCAGUGCAUCCUCCUUCUGGUCCCCAUCCCAGCCACCGCUUCCCAACAGCCCUCCUCCACCCUCCAGCGAACCCCCGCCGCCUCCUCUACCUCCAGAGUCUCCCCCACCCCCUCCUCCACCCCCUGACAGCGAUGAAGAGAUCAUGGAGGUUGAGAUGGAUGUGGAUGACGACAAUGAAGAGGAGCCCCCAGCUCCUGGAACGGAGGAGGACAGCAGCGGAAGGUCUGGCCCUGCUAACAUGAAGAUUAUAGAGUCAACUACUCCUUUUGGAAAGGGUCAGAAACGGAAAGCUGGUCAGGGAAGCAAAACUGUUACUAUCGGUAGCAGUCCCAUACUUUACACCCAGGCACCUGUUACUGCAGCGCCUCUAAUGUCAGCAGCAGCCUACUGGGGUAUACCGGCUGUGGCUGCCCCUCUGGUCCCCUGUGAACCUCCAGCCCCGCCUGUGCCAGUGCUACCUCCUCAGCUACCGCUGCCUCCACCCCAGCCAGCUUUUGAACCUGUUGCAAUCAAAGUUUUACCUGCAGACAAGACCAAGAAAACAAAAAAAGAUAAGUCAAAGAAGAGUAAGACAAGGAUGCCUUCACUGGUGAAGAAGUGGCAGAGCAUCCAAAAGGAGUUGGAUGAGGAGGAGAAGAGUAGCUCCAGUGAUGAAGACAGAGAUUUGCUCAACAAGAAAAGCAUUGAGGAGUGGAAACAGCAGCAGCUCAUGACGGGAAAAGCUUCAAAGAAUGCCAACUUUGAGGUUCUACCAGAGGACUGGCGGGACCGCUUAAAGAAACGGAAGCUGAUGAAUAUCACAUAACAUCUAACGAUGCCCCCAGGCAGCAUUUGUAAAUCCACUCCUACCUUCACCAUAAGAUCAUCCCUCUGAAGAGAUCCAGAUUUAAUGAUCAGUGGAUCUUAUCUGUUCUUCGUUCUUAUCAGAGACAUUUUGAAGCCCUUAUAUGGCAGGCCAUUCUCAUUAAGGGGAUUUGAAUGUCCUGUUGUUUUUGUAUGAGAUCUGUAAAUGUGCCAAACGUGUUGCGGUAAUAAGUUCACCUUUUUAUAUAUAGACCCAGUUUGGAUGUCCACAGAUUUUAGGCAGAAUAGUCUACUUUAAGGAUUGUUUUUACAUUCAUGUAUAUAAAAGGGGAAGGAAGGAAUAGACCAAAUUGUUGGAAUGGGGAGGGAUUGUCACUGGACUUGUAAAUUUUGUAAGAAGUUAUUAAAUUUUUUCAAAGCUG